AUGCCAGCUUCGGCUCCUACCACACCAGCAGUCACCAGACCCAACAAGAUUGACCGAUUCUCUGCGUCCCCUGUUACACCACAGCGUAUAAGUCGAGCCCAGAAACUUGCAUUCCACUCCCCCGCAACACCUGCCACAAACUUCUCUUCCCCGUACACACCGAUUAGUCUGCGCUCAUUUGCCACUCCCACCAGUUCGACUCUUACAACUCCAGAAUCUACGGCAAGUGCCAGAUACAUUGCCACCUUAGAUUGUCCAGAAAAUGGUCUCGACUUGAGAGCAGCAUUCCCCGAACAAGGCUUCACCGACCUUGCAGAGAGUUGGCGGAACCGGGCUACCGAGCAUGGUAUCAAAGUGUCAAACGCUGACGACUCUACCUUUGCCGACGAUGAAGCCAGCGAUUUCACUCCCUCCGACACCAAUUCUACGGGCUUUGUAGCUGAUGACGUUCUCAUACCUCCGCCGUUCUUGUCAAGUCAUCGCCGCACACGCACACAGUCGUAUGCUGCGCCCCAGAAUUUUCCGCUUGCUGCAUAUAGUGCGCACACGCCCGCCCGCCGUACACUUACCGCUUUGAAUACACCGCCACGGAAUCCAACAAAUGCAUCCCAAUUAAAACUCAAAGGAAGUCUGACGGACCCGGCGCACACCCGCCGCCGCCCCUCAUUUAGCCAGGUGAGGUGUUCCGCCACUUGUGUUGCUGUGAAGUUUAACCGCGAGUCCCCUUUGUUCUUUGCAUUUAAGAUGACCAACGAAUUAUUCGACAUUGACGAGGACGCUUACGAUCCGUACCCCCAGUCUUUCUCUUCUCCUACUCAACCUUUCGUCCUUCAGGAUCCUUUCAACAGCCACACCUUGUCUACAAUCUCUGAAACUGUUCAUCAAGCAAUGGAUGACUCGCCCAUGGUCCGCCACAAUGCCGUCAGUAUGUCCGGCGCCACCUGCUCAGACUGCGGUGCUUGUCCCGAGAGACUUGCUAUGCUUAGUCCUUGUGGCCAUCCGCUUUGUCCCUCUUGCUUGACGAGCGCGAUCAACAUCGUUGGUGAAAAGGACAUGCAGUGUGCUGUAUGCAAGAACCGUGUCGUAGACUUCAAUCUCCAGGCAAACAAGGGCUCUGGGCCUAGGCGCACUUCUCCGUCGUCGCCUUUACAGAGUCGACAGGUCAAUCACCAACAUACACCUCUCCUUCCUAGCGUUUUUGAGUCAAAUCUGGGGCCUGUGACGACCCCCUUCCAGUGCUGUACCCCAGCACCCAUCCGUCGCGGAUCCGAGAGGGUUGUGCUGCGCAUUGACAAUGUUCCAUGGGACAUCACGCCAUCCAUGAUCAGGUCUUGUCCUUGGCUUCAUGGCUUUGAUGCUCGGGCGUACGUCCUCAUUGACCGUCAGGGUAAGACCCUCAGCCACGCCUUCGUUGAGCUUUCCUCCUCCGAAGAAGCCAAAGCAACUCUUCGGGACGCCCAAAACGCUGUCCUUGGUCGCGGAAAGCGCGCCAGGGGUGUGACGGUAACCCGGAGCAGCCAAGAAGAUCUGAUGCGGGCACUGUUCCCGUCGUGGAAGGGAAACUUUGAUGGUUCUAAGCCGACGUUGAUUGGGCUGCAAGGCUCGCAGCUCAAUAUCGCUUUCCAGUCGGGGCUGUUGAGCGACGCUGAACUUACCUCUCUCAAGGUCCUGAUUGAGUCUCGCGAUGCACAUUUUGUCAAAGACCCUUCAUUACCGUUCCAUGCACUCAUCAAUAUCUUGAAUAAAUUCCCUAUCGAUAUCGACAGUCGAGUAUUUUGGACGCCCAAUGUUCGGGACUUAUUGUUUGGUGUCACUAUCACUGCGCUCGAAGUGCUCGUUGCCAGGUUGAAUGAGCCGUGCUUCCAGCGCGAGCCUACCAUCUUGGAAGAGCUUCUUCAUGCCGCUAUCGCUUGCAGAGUCUUUGCUCAUGAACAAACCGAGGCUCUUGCAAACGUGGAUCGUGUCCGCUCUGCCAUUCCUUCGCCACCUUCAUUUUCAGCGUCCCACAGCCGUGCAACGUCUUCUGAGUCCUACGGGGCUCCUGACCCCACUCCCCAGGUUAAUGCCGAACCCUAUUGUGCCGCUAUCGCCAGGGAGUUGCAGGUCCCCGAAGCUGUUGUCCAGUCCGUUGCGCGCAAGCUGAUCGGCAUGCAGCUCUAA